GCAUGUGCGGCGCGGGCGGCAGUGGCGGAGGUGGCCGCGGAGGCGCUGGCUGUCAGUGAGCAGCGACGAGCCGGUGCCCUGGUGCCCGUGUCCAUCCGUCUGUCCAUCCGUCUGUCCGUCUGCCGCGGUCUGCGGGUCCGUCCGGCGCGCCGCCCGCAGAGUCUCUCCGGGCCGCGCACCUGCCCGCGCACCUGCCUGCCGUCCGCCCGGCGCCCCGGCUCCGCUCGCGCCAGCCGCCCCGGACCUCUCGGGGCCCCGGCCGCCCUGCCCCCGCGUCCGCCCCGCGCCGCAGCCGGGCCCGGGCGCAGCGCUGCGGAGGCGAGGGCCGCGGGGGCCGGGCGGGCGGCGAUGAUGAACAGGUUCCGAAAGUGGCUGUACAAACCCAAGAGGUCGGACCCGCAGCUGCUGGCCCAGUUCUACUAUGCGGACGAGGAGCUGAACCAGGUGGCUGCCGAGCUGGACAGCCUGGACGGGCGGAAGGACCCGCAGCGGUGCACACUGCUCGUCAGCCAGUUCCGCUCCUGCCAGGACAACGUGUUAAACAUUAUCAACCAGAUCAUGGAUGUGUGCAUCCCCCAGGACCGUGCCCCCCGGGAUUUCUGUGUCAAGUUCCCUGAGGAGAUCCGGCACGACAACCUGGCUGGCCAGCUGUGGUUCGGCGCUGAGUGCCUGGCCGCCGGCUCCAUCAUCAUGAACCGCGAGCUCGAGAGCAUGGCCAUGCGCCCGCUGGCCAAGGAGCUGACCCGCAGCCUGGAGGACGUGCGGGGCGCCCUGCGCGACCAGGCGCUGCGGGACCUCAACACCUACACGGAGAAGAUGAGGGAGGUGCUGAGGCAUUUCGACGUCCUGUUUGCCGAGUUCGAGCUGAGCUACGUCUCAGCCAUGGUGCCCGUGAAGUCCCCAAGGGAGUACUACGUGCAGCAGGAGGUCAUCGUGCUGUUCUGCGAGACGGUGGAGAGGGCCCUGGACCUCGGGUACCUGACCCAGGACAUGAUUGACGACUACGAGCCAGCCCUCAUGUUCACCAUCCCCAGGUUGGCCAUCGUGUGUGGCCUCGUGGUCUACGCGGAUGGACCCUUGAACUUGGACCGCAAGGUGGAAGACAUGUCUGAGCUGUUCCGGCCCUUCCAUACAUUACUGCGAAAAAUAAGGGAUUUGCUGCAGACCCUGACAGAGGAGGAACUUCACACACUGGAGCGGAACCUCUGCAUUUCCCAAGACGUGGAGUUCCCCAUCCGGGCAGACACCCAGGUGCCCCCGCCCCUGGCGCCUGCCUUUCCUGAGCCGCUUCCCCCUGAGGAGCUGCUCUCAGCCAAGGCCAAAAACCCGGAGGCGGAGCUGGCCUGCUCCAUGCAGUACGAUGACCAGGAGCUGGAGCAGCUCAACCGCAUGGUUCACAGGGUCGGGGACGAGAUGUCUUCCCUCCUCUCCCCGCCCAGCACCUGCCAGUCCCCCGCGCACAGGCCAGGGCCAGAGGGCAGCCCCCGAGGGGAGUCCUCCCCAGGCAGCGCAAGGCUGCAGCCGGGCAGUGACGAGGAGGACGGAAGAGUGUUCUUCAUGGAUGACGUGGAGGGGGCAGCAGAGGCCCCGGGGGGCCCGUCUGGGUGGGCGGGCAGCACCCGUGCCGACCCCCAGGAGAGAGAGCAGGGUGGGGAGAGAGGAGAGGCGGGGGUCAGCGUUCCCACCGCGGCAGAGGAGGGGGACUUGAGCAAUAACAACAACAUCCAGGACAACAAAAUGUGGGCGGUGGGCCCCAACUCCUGCAGCUGCCUGGACUCCCGGCCGCACCUGGAUGGCUGGGAGGUAAGUGUGGACGAUGCCGAGACAGCCGAGAUCAUCGCCCACCGGACAGGGGGCAUGAAGCUCUCGGCCACGGUCAUCUUCAACCCCAAAUCACCCACCUCCUUGGACUCUGCCGUCACCACCCUGGAAGCCCCCGGAAAUGGCACCUCCCCAUCAGAGCCAGUGGCUGAGGGGCCGGAGGGUGGCUCCCACAAACUCAGUGCCGCGCCCACCAACUGCCUCCUUAACUCCUGCGUGUGCUGCGGGGGCUGUGGAGGCAGCAGGGAGGACGCUGUGGAGAGUGUGCGGGACAAGUGUAGCCCAGGCAGCGUCAUCAGUGCCUCCUACGUGGGCUCGGCCAAGACCAGCGCCAAGGGCCCGGCCGCCCUGCAGGCAUUGCCCACAGGCGCCCUGGACCCCCUGUCCUCAGAAGACGCCCCCGACAGGCAGGAACCCAAAGCCCCGACUUCCAACAAGUGCCUGGCACACACCUCAGGUCCCCAGGUGGACGCAGCAGACGGGUUGCGGGGAGAAGGCGACGGCGCAAGUGGGCCACAGGAGCCUGAGGCCGGACAGCAGGACGAGGGGCAACCCCCGGCGGCCAGAGAGGAGAGUCGGCACGGAGAGCUGGCCAAGGGGGAGCCUCAGGCAGGCGACUCCAGGUGGAAUUGUUACAGGGAAUUUUUGCUGCCGUCUGUAGGAGAGUGGCAGAAAGCAGAAUCCAGUGGCUCCACGGCUGGUUCCAGCUCCUCAGACAAGACUGGGCCGGAUGCGGUCCCUGCAGCCACAAGAGAGAAGAUCCGGUCCAGGUUCCAUGGCAGCCAUGACCUGAUCCACCGCCUAUUUGUCUGUAUUUCAGGGUCCCGAGCUGCAGAAGAAGGAACCCACUUCCGCUCCAUUGGCCCCUCGGCUGCCCACGCAGGGAGGUUCUGUUCAAUUUGCGGUGUGGCUGACCAGCUGCAGACGAACUAUGCCAGUGAUCUGAGAAGCAUUCUCAAGACCCUCUUUGAGGUCAUGGCCACCAAGCCGGAAACGGAUGACAAGGAAAAGUUAAAGAAGGUCACCCAGACCCUGCGGAGUGCAGCCUUGGAGGACUGCGCCCUGUGCCAGGAGACACUGUCAUCCUCUGAGCUUGCAACCAAGACCCACGACGGUGACUUAGAAGACCCGCCCGAGUGGGUCCCAGACGAGGCCUGUGGCUUCUGCACAGCAUGCAAAGCACCCUUCACCGUCAUCCGCCGGAAGCACCACUGCCGCAGCUGUGGGAAGAUCUUCUGCUCCCGCUGCUCCUCACACUCGGCGCCGCUGCCCCGCUAUGGGCAGGUGAAGCCGGUCCGCGUGUGCACGCACUGCUAUAUGUUUCACGUCACACCCUUCUACAGCGACAAGGCGGGCAUCUGACACAGCGCCCAGACACUCGCCAAGACCGCCAGGGCCUGUGGACUCCCAGGAAGGAGGCACCGAGGGCCGUGCUCCCUGCCUCCUCCAUCCAGGCCGCGGCUGCUGGAGAGUUUUCAGUGCAUUUCAUCGAGCUGCUGCCACCGCCAACACAGGCGCUGCAGGCCGCCCAGACUUCCAGAGUGUCCAGCGCCUCCAUCCCACCCACCCCGGCCUCCCCACCCAUGGGGACCCCAGGCCAGCCUCAGGGGCCAACAGCAGGUCCGCUUUGCCCAGGGGAGUACCCAGGGGUGUGCCAGGUGGCUGCCUGGGGGAUGGGCUCUUCUCCUGCCUGUGCCCCUGACCCACUGAGUUGCUGCCUCCAGGCUCAGCCAUGGCAGAAGGCCUGCUCAGCACCCGCUCUUAAUGGGGGAAGUUGGGUGGUUGUCUGAGUUCCAGGCAGCCUUGGCACCUGGGGCUAAACCCAGGGCAGAUGGUAGACACCUAGGGGAGAGGGACCAGGCCCCAGCAUAGCGUACUGCAGGGCUUCCCGUGUGCUUGCUGAACCAGGAAGCCCGGGUGACCUUGUCUCUCUAGGGCCCUGAGCCCACAGCUGCCCACCUCCUUCCCCAGUGCUGUCCCCUCCCCACUCCUCCCAGGACCUUGGCUAAACAGCAUGCAUCUCAUUUCUUCUCAGAGGGGAAAAUGCAGAAGCAGACCCAGUGGUCCUCUGGGCAAGCAGGGGUGCCCCUGGUGAUGUCUGCUCACCACUGGCCACCUGCAGAUGGGGAGCAGGUGGCUGCCCACACAGCAUUGAGACCCACAGGCAGACGUUUACCGGGUCCUUAGGCCAGGGCUCCCUGGGCGGCGGAGGACCACCGGACGUCACCCAUUGGGCUGCCAAUACGCCCUUCCCUCUGCACUCCCUGGGACCCCAGCCCACCUCCACAGACUGUGGAGCAGCCCAGGACCCAGGCUGAGGGCCCCAGCACGGACACCUCCUCAGGCUUAAAUCUCAGGCUUCACGUUGCAAUGACGAUGCAGUUUUAUUUUUAGAGAGAUGACACACCUACUGCUUCUUUUAUAGGAUAAAAUCCAAUUACUAUUUAACAGUGGAAUACAUGUGCACAAAAAUGGCUUCUGUGGGGGAAAAAAGUAUAUAAUGGAGGGAAUAAUAUGUAUUGAGAUUAUUUUUA